AUUUUUUUGGAAUGGCAACAAAUACUCGCACAUGUCAAACAAAUGUCAAGUUCGUCCUCCCACCACAGCUGAAUCUGAUUUCGUGAAAUAAAAUUGCUGCUUGUAUUUAUGUAAUUCCAGGGUAUUAUUUCUCUUUGAGAUGCUCCGAAAACUGGCGGUAGGUUCGAGCCUGGUUGCUCUAAUACCCAUUGUGAAGGCGGCAAGUCCUAUAACCAGUGAUGCUGGUUCAGGACCACAGAAACCCCCUAAGAUGAGGCCUUCGGAGCUCCCCAUCUACGACUCCCCGCAUGCUGACUAUGCAGAGUAUGUGGCGGCCAAGAACAAACAGCCAGAAGUCAGCUACAUAAAGUCAUCGCUGGAAACACCUGUAUCAAUUGUUCGUGAGAAGGUGCAGACCGGCUGGCAACAUACCAGCAUGGUCACCGAUACUGUGAAGGACAAAUAUCAUGAAAUUCAGGAUAGAUCUGACUGGAUUGUCAAGUAUCUUCGUGAAGAAGAUAAUAAAGAAAUAAGAUAUGGAGCAGUGGUGAUGGGUGGUUUGACUGGUUUCAUCUUUGGUUUACGAGGUGGAAUAUUCAGGAGAUUGAUAUAUUCCGGUGUUGGGACCACAGCAAUGGGAUCUGUGUGUUUCCCUGAGGAGACCAAGGAAAUAGCUCGCAACAAUGGAGUACUAGCAAGGACAUACAUCAACAUAGCUUAUAACUUCUUAUAUGGAGUGAAACCUGGAGAUCCUCAGCUGGAGGUGAAAUUCCCUGAACUGUCUUUGCCAAAAGACUUUUCAGAGUUCUUCAGCAUGGUCAUCAAUUUAGCAUCGUCAGCGAAACAGGCUAUCAUGCCACCACCGGUCAAAGAGGAUAGUAAACCGUCAGAAAAGAAAGAAUAGGUACAAUAAUAGUAAACUAUUUCAAGUGAAGUGUAAUCAAAUCAGGUACAAUAAUUUGAUCAGUCAAUACCCGGAUAACAUCAUGAUACGACUACUACUGACCCUACAGUUGUGUAUAGUAAUUUAUUAACUGACAAGGUGUAUGUAUGCAAAUAUAAAUAAAGCAGAAUAGAUAUACUUAGAA